UCGAAUGUUUUUCUUGCCCGCAGAAGAAGAAGAAAAAAAAACACUCACACACAACCCCCCUCGCUCAAUAACAAACGUGACUAAUGGAAGGAAACUAUGGUUUUUGUGCGCGAGGCAGGUAGCAAAGCCAGAAAAGCAAGAAGAAAAAAAGCGGUUGCGGUUCUGCGUAUUGCAUUAACAGUGCGUGUACAGGCCAAACGAUAAUACCACGCCGAAGGGAGCCGCCAGCAGCAGGCAGCGCGGAUUAAGUAAUUACUGAAGAACAAAUGGAUGUAGGACGACUACCAAUUCGAACGCGUCUUCUUAAUUUCAUGUUGUGCCAAUCACUGGAACGGUGAAGCAAACUUGUGCAAAACAGAAACAGGUAUCGUUCGCUUUGAAUCCUGCACGAUCGUUUCCCAUUUUUGGCAGCCGAGUAGAUCGAACCGCGCAUCCGUCGGGGCGUAUUCAGCUGACAGCUUGACGGUCGAUCGCCACCAACAGGAUGCUUUAGAACAGCCUGGCGACGAACGUUGGAGAGCAGAAAUACGAUAAACCAAACCAAAAACAACAAAAAACGAGGAAACCAACAAAAACGAUAUCAACAACACCUUACUGAACUCGUGCGCAACGAACGAUACACGGUCGGCAGCAAAGUGCACCGCGGGCUUGAUGCUGCUGCUGCUGCUGCUGCUGGACUGCAGCUAGUUUUGCCCCCUCCACCAUCACCAGCAUCGCUUAUUCUUUUCAUCUUGUGCACGAUCGCGCUCCACCGCCCUUGCACCAGGCACCAUUCGCUCGAUUCGGCUCGGCUGCUGCCCGUUCGCGAACGCUCGCAGCCGUAACGGCAGCGGUGGGGAGGCAUCCACUGAAGCCACACCGACCGGGCGCGGACGCAUUCACGCAGGGUUCAGUUAUGUUUCAGCGCUGGUGAGAAGCGGAGGCAAUGUGCGGGCAAUUCGGUCGGGAAACAUCGCUACCCCAAUAGUUUGCCGUGGUCGAUUCACGCUGACGUUGUUUGCAGGCUGUUGUUUGACGUGUGCGCAUACAAACCUUGGGCGCGCGGGGGUGGUUAGUGAUUUUGUAGUGUUGUUUGUGUGUUGUGUGUAUGUGCGAGCGUGUUUUUCGUGACAUAUACAGCUUGGUCUGUGUGUUUUAAAAGCCGAAGUGAAGCGAAGAAAAAGGCGCAUACCGGAACGGGUGCUGAAGUAAUCGCACCGUAUACAAAUACUUUCAAGUGUCCAGCAACACCAGCACAGCGACAAGCGAAGAUGAGUGCGUUUAGUACGUUAACAUUUUCGGCGGCAGAAAUCACCAACCUGCUGCCGCUGACAGCGGUGAUCGUGUGCAUCGGUGCCACUAUCAUGUUCCUGAUCAAGGCCGCCGUGAUACUUCGAGUGCAGGCCGAUGACGUGUUAAGGCCGUCGAACGUAACGCAGCAGAACCAUAACGUGCAUGUACCGCGCCUCAAAAUGACCCGCGUCCACAUACCGUUCACUGUCCGGCUGCUCGACGCGGGAAACAAUUCGUUCGACGAGGUACGGCUAGCGGUGUCCAGUCAGGUGAAGUACUCGCUGCAAGCGUUCUGGGGCGUCUCGAUCCGCGAGCUGCAUGUGUCGCUGUGGCGCACGUGGAACGACCUGCGGGACGCAUCGAACUCGCACAUCGUCGACUCCAGCUACUGUCAGCAACUGGCAACUAACGUAAGAUGCUGCCAACCGCACACGGAACAUGUCAUCACGCUACAGUCCCCGAAGCCACCGCUGAUCCUGGGCGCACCGCCCCGACUCGCCUACCCGCUGGUGGUGUUUAUGAUCCGCGAAACGGAACCGGAGGAGCUGCUGCAUCCGGACGAGACGGUAAUUCUGGUAAAUGUCGUCCAUUUGCGGGAUCCGGUCUGUCCACUGCCGACGUCUAUUUUGGCCCAGUACUUGAAGCAGGCGAGCGGUCAACUAUCUUGCUUAAAGCAACUCUACCUGGCCACCGGUGAUCCCAUGACGGCGGACGAAGCAGCGAGCAGCGCCGCGAACGGCGCUGGCCAAUCGGGCAAUGGCGGUGGCGGGACGGGCAGCACCACCACCACCACCACCGGAACGGGCACCACCGUCCCGACCGGUACACUGUCGCUGGCGGAACCGGUAGCCUGCGCUGGCAAUAAUGAGCCGCUGCUCUGUUCCGACUCGGCGCCGCGCGACUGCCCGGUCGGGGAGCAGCUGUGCGUCGUGUGCCAUUACUUUCCACUUUCCCGGGCGCUGCUACCGUGCCGACAUACGUGCAUCUGUGCAGUUUGCUUCUCCAAACUGGACCGGUGUCCGAUGUGUCGGGCCACGAUAUCGAGCUACUUCUGCAUACGAACCGAGGAAUAUCUGCCGGCUAAUUCGACAAACGAGCUUAAGGUCAACGGCAAACCGAAAGGAACCGUUCACUGGCUGGACGCGCUUAACGAUCGGCUAACCGAUUUUCUGGGCUUUCGGUGAAGCAGCCGCAGCCGCCGCCGCCGCCGCCGAACGCGUCAUUGUGUGUCCGGUCGACAGGACAGCAAGGGGCAGCGGAAGGAGCGUUAAAGCUGAACAGCGGAACGAAGGGACCGAUGGCUGAGCCGGAACGAGGCCGUGUGGGUGGAAUGGACGAGAGCGAUCGCGUUCGGUUCGUUUGGUUCGCGUUGGAUCCGCCGGCAUGGCGGCUUCCAUUUCGGUUGGCUGAUUGGUCAUCGGGGUUCUGGACUUGUCUUCCGGCAAAAGAAAUGGAAAAAACGCAAGCACUAGAAUGUGUUUGAAGAGCUAGGAGAGGGAGAGUUAAAAACACGAUUAUAAUAUGAAAAAAGCAACAAUGUUAAGUAUUAGUUUUAAGUACGUUUCAGUGGUAAGGGUUUUCGUUCCAAACACGUCCCCCCGCCCCCGCAGCCCCCUCCGAUCGGCGAGUAAAGCACAGACUACGCGCUGGGGAAGGGAAAGUAUCGCGUAAAAGCGAAUCGCCGAUUCGCUGAUAAGGGACGGAAGAGCAGUGCGUCCUUUGAGGAAUGGGGUGGGCAUUUACGAAAUAUGAACAUGAAUGGCUUUGCAUUCGGAUAAACAGCAGGGCAAAUGGGGCAAGCUAGUGGGGUUCUAGCUAGAUCGGUGGUGUUUUGUGCACGACGAAUGCUGUGGCCGGUUCGAAUGGUUUAUCGUUUUAUUUGAGAAUGUUUGCAAGCCAACUAUAUCAAUACGUGAACCCGUUUUCGAUAAGGUUUAUUUCUGUAGCUGUGAUUUUUUUAAAAAGACGAAAACGUAAGUGAUGCGCGUGUGUGUGUUAGCAAAGGCAAAAAAAUAACCGGAAAAAGAAGAAUCAAAAGUCUUUAUCUACGGAUGACUGAUUUGUGUUUUAAAUAAAGGUUUAUUAACGCUGUGAAACAAUGAG